AAACAAAUCAAUGCAUACAGAUUCCAAUGCUAGUUUUAUAGUAGAAGAUGAACAAUUAGACGGUGGUGUGAUAGAAACUUAUAUGGGUGAAUGGAAGAAUGACAAACGUUGUGGAUACGGUAUCUCUGAACGAAGUGAUGGAUUAAAGUAUGAAGGAGAAUGGUUUGGUAAUAAAAAGUAUGGCUAUGGUGUUACGACGUUUAAAGACGGUACGAAAGAAGAAGGAAAAUAUAAAAAUAACGUACUUAUUACUAGUCAAAAAAGAAAACAUUUAUUUUUAAUUCGGUCUGCCAAGUUCCGAGAACGAAUAGAUGCGGCUGUUGAUUCUGCUCAACGCGCGUCGAAAUAUGCACUACAAAAGGCUGAUAUUGCUGUAUCAAGAACUGCUACAGCAAGAGGUAAAGCAGAAUUGGCAGACGUUGCAGCGGACCAUGCACGCGUAGAUGCUGAUUUAGCUGUCAAAAUGGCAAGAGAUUUUGCCCCUGAUUUCAAACCACAGUUAUUGGAACGAUUCGAACGUUUGAAACGGGAACGAUAUAGGACUACUAUAGACUAUACAAUCAAACAAACUCCAUCCAAUUCGACACCAAAAUCAACCAUUUUAAAUAAUGUUGUUAAUAAUCAAAACUUAUACAAUCAACAGUCUAUGGAAACUCGCCCUUCAACUCACAGCCCCGAUUUUGAAUAUCAGAAAUCUGUAAACCGAAAGCUGUCACAGUCUCUCGAUCACGGAGCUCAAAAUCAUUUAAUGCUAAACAAUAUACAGAACACGCAUGUUAAUACGUUUUCCAAUUAUCAUCAACCGAACACGUCGGAUUCGAGAAAUGUGAUGCAAAUGUCUCAUCAGCCAACGGGAGACAUGAACUACAAUGAUUUACAGCAAAAGAGUUAUCAGGAAGAUCAGAAUAAUUAUCGAGCGAUUCAUCAAACUACAGUCAAGUCAAAUAUGGUUCCGGUAACAAGUCAAACUUCUAUUGAUUAUUUCGAUCACUACAAAAGACCACCCAGUAGGGAUGGUUCUGUAGAUAGAUAUUCCCGAGCGGCGGGCAGGUUAGGGGGCAUGCAGUCUAGACAAUCGUCAAUAGAUAGAACAAUUUCUAAUCAAGCCGUUUUAAACGAAAGUUUGCCUGAACGGUCAACAAGAGCAGGAUCCCAAAUGCGUGGUGUUACGCCAAACAGAAGUCUGAUAAAUGCUGUAUCAACUGGUAAUGGAAUAAGCCAUCAAACUGCGUCUAGAGCAGGAACACCUCUUCAUCAAACUUCGACUGAAGCAUCAUUUUCAAACACAAACCAACCAUUCGAAGACGUUUUGAUACGUCAGCGAACGCUAGGACAAGAUAUUAUUCCUUCCCCAUCACAGCCCAAACGAACUGAAAGUCUUUAUUUGUCCAAUCCGGUUUCGAAUGCUAACAAUUCGAGCGCUGCAACUAGUGGGCGCAUACUUGUAAGCAGAAGUGGUGGUGGUGGUGGCGGUGGUGGUGGCGGUGGCGGAGGAGUUGUGUCCCGGGCUCCCAAGUCCGUACCCAUUAAUACUACGCUGCAAAGGAAGAAAUCUUUACCUGAUGUCCAACAACUACCGUAUUCCACCAGCGCUAUGAGUAGAGAAGAGGUAUCGAUGCUGGGCUCUGCUAGAAGAGAAGAAGUUCGGAGGCAAAUUGAUGAAACAGAACGCCUUAAGGCAAACCCGCUUUUGUAUCUCGUUAGUCCAAAAGUAAAGGACUGGUUCUCUCGGCAACAACUUGUGAUGCUGGUACUGAUAAUCAAUAUAGCUUUGGCGAUAAUCUUCAUCAAAAUGCUCACAUAGCAUCGACUUCAUGAGAUGUUUGCAUUUCAGCACCAUUUGAGAUAUGUUAUCGCAUCUUUACGAAAAAGCGCGAAACAAUCGGUGAAAUUGAAGCGAACAUUAUGGGAUACCUCUUAACUCUUUAUAUGGUGCUUUUAAAGAUUCCUGAGCACUUAAGAAUGUAAUUAUUAAAAUCAACAAAAAAAAACUGUAAUCUUUGGAACUUGGACUGGAUUGUUUGAUUAAAUUAUUCAGAAAAGUAAUUCGUAUUGCUACUGAGGCGAAAAAAAACUUUAUCAUCGAAACCUUCGAUUCAAUGGUGCCUACAUUAUCACUAUGCAUUGUAAAUAAAUAUGAUUUUGAAUGAUUAAUAGAUCAUCUUUUUAAAUUUCUUUGUUAAAAUAAACUUUAAGUUAGGUUAAAUGUUAAAUAUUAGAAGUUGUAUGUUUCAUAGAACGAAUAUAAAUCCGAACCGAUUCUAACUCUUAAUUUCAAACGGCAGUGGUACGAUGUUGUUGUGCUAUAAUUAAAGAAGUGGUUAUUUUAUCGAAACGUGAAGGCAUCAUGUGCGUUGAAUUAUUUCUGUUUCUUUAUUAAUAGUUUAGGAAAAAAUAUUUAUCAAAAUUUUUACUGAUAAUUAAUAUUAUUUUCAAGACACAAUAAAAAUUAUUAAAAUAUCAUAGUUCUUUUCUAACA